UGAAUUGUGUCAACUGCGUUCAGAUUGUGUGCACAGCAAUUAGAUAGCCAAUGAAUUGCCACUCUGUAAAGAGAUACUUCUCUGUGAUUUCAACCUGUAUACACUGCACCGUGAUUCAGCUGUAUAUACAUUUCUUUGUAUUAUAUUACAGCGUUCACAUAAUAUUGCCAAUUUUAGAGAGGAGAAACCGCUUGCUGUGAUAAACUUUUCAAUUUUAUACAAAUUUUAAUCAAUUGAUCAACAUUUGCAGCAGAUUUCUAUUGGAGAAAUCUAUAUUGCCUUUCACAUGCUCAUAAAGUGCAAACUCUAUUCUAGUAUUUACGAGAGACAGCGUUUCACUCGUGAGAAAACAAUUUCGGUAUAGGGAUUAAUUUUGAUCAAAGGACCUUUUCAUCAAUCCUCCAAUUAGAACAACGUUGUUGAUUUUAAGGAAACUAAUCAUCAAGCAACAUAUUAUGCAGCAGAAUUAUACUGGAGAAAGUUUGUAUUGAAUUUCAUAUGCUGAUCAAGCGAUAUUCAGACAACACAUGUUUUAUUAGAUACAGAGUAGUGUUCAUUGGGAAAAUAUUUUGCAGGAGAAUGAUCGAUGUGAUGUUGAUCCAACUACCUUUGCAUUGAACCUCUAACAAGAGCCAGGGUAUAGGAGGAAUAUAGAGGAAUAUACCCUUAUAAACAUAUCCUAUUGCCAGUGUGUGGAUUAGUGAAGGCCACUCUGGAGUAAAAUAUGGCUUCCAGUGACAAAGCAAGGUAUAGCAAGAUAGCAAGCUACUCGCAGAGUCCAAGGCGAUCAGAACCCUCAGUACGGGUGGAAUUCUUCGUAGAUGACAAGUCAUUCAAGGAGCGUCUUCAGUUAUACUUCAUCAAGAACCAACGAUCAAGUUUACGAAUCCGUCUCUUCAACUUCACCAUCAAACUCCUAUCAUGUUUAUUGUACGGGAUCAGAGCGUCGAUGGACGACGAUCCCAGGACAGUCAGUUGCUAUGGCUGCGAUCCUCGGUUACGACCAAACGACACAGACUUGGAGACGUGCAGUAUGAGCAGCUUGUCACCAGCAGAAAAGUCAGUGGCAAUCGAUUGGCUUGCUAUGCUAUGGGUGAAGCGGACAUCUUGGUUAUGGGCCAUCCAGGUUUCCAUAGCGAUCAUAAGCCUCGCCCAGCAUCUUCUUCUGAUGUAUCUACAACACAAGGGCAGCAUUCUUCAACAAAUUUUCAGCGUGUAUUUUUUUCUUGAAGCUGUAAACAGUGUGCCAUUUAUUGUUACAAUUUUCUGGGAGCCUCUGAGGAAUCUUUUUAUACCUAUUUAUCUGAACUGCUGGCUGGCCAAGUAUCUUCUAGAAAAUCUUUUUAACGAUCUUCACAGAGUAAUGAUGCGUUCUCAUUCUGCCCUCUCCCAGCGAGUCAUGAUAUUGUUUUCAUUCAUACUUUGCCUCAUAUUCACCUGUGCCUGUGGCAUGCACCACUUAGAGAGAGGGGACAUCAGUACGAACGGCAUGUCUUUCUUCCAUGCUUUCUACUUUACAAUUGUAACUUUCUCCACGGUGGGGUAUGGGGACAUUGAGGUCCGCAUCUGGCCCUCUCAACUCUAUGUCAUCAUCAUGAUCUGUUCGGCUCUCGUCAUUCUACCAAUACAGUUGGAAAACCUGGCCUACUUGAUCAUGGAGAGGCAGAAACAAGGCGGGACAUACAGCCGACAUCGAGCACAGACUGAGAAGCAUGUUGUCGUAUGCGCAACCAACCUGCAGUACGAUCUCAUCGUUGAUUUCCUCAAUGAGUUCUAUGCGCAUAACGACCUCCAGGAUUUCUUUGUGGUUCUUCUGUCUCCUUGUGAACUUGACAACGCCCUGAAGGCCCUGCUGACCGUCCCUCUCUGGGCUCAGAGGGUCAUCUACAUCCAGGGGUCAGCGCUCAAGGAUGGGGACCUCAUCAGAUGCAGGAUGGAUGAUGCUGAGGCCUGUUUUAUUUUGUCUCCGAGGAAUUUUAUGGACAGAUGCGAAGCAGAUCAGCAGACGAUUCUAAGAACCUGGGCCGUCAAGGAUUUUGCACCUGAUGUCCCUCAGUACAUUCAGAUUCUCAAACCAGACAACAGAUUUCAUGUCCAGUUUGCAGACCAUGUGGUGUGUGAGGACCAGUUCAAGUAUGCCCUCCUAGCCAAUAACUGUCUGUGUCCCGGGACCUCUACCUUUGUUACCCUUCUCAUCCAUACCUCCAGAGGAGUGGAAGGCUGUGACUCCCAUUCUCAGUGGCAGCGCACAUACGGUCGUUGCUCUGGUAACGAGGUCUAUCACAUCGUCCUUGGCAACAGCAAAUUCUUCAAUGAAUACGAGGGCAAAAGCUUCACCUACGCAUCGUUCCAUGCGCACAAGAAGUACGGUGUCUCGCUGGUCGGGAUUAAGAAGCAGGAGGAGAUUGCUAAGAUUCAGCUCAACCCUGGCCCUCGUCACAUCAUGAGGGUGUCUGAUAUCUGCUUCUACAUGAACAUCUCCCCGGAGGAGAACUCCACCUUCAUCCUCAACCAUCCUAACGAAGAUAACGACGGCAAAGAGAACAAGAUGGAUAAAUCACCAAGCAAUGCCUACGACAGCAAUGGCACGGGCACAUCUCGCAUUGAGAGCGCAAUCGCUAGUGUUGGUUCUAUGGCAUUGGAGUUGCAUCAUUUUGGAAGCACAAGGUCGAGUAACAGCGCUAGUGGUACAGCCACAUCACCAUCGUCAACCUCAUCUGCCUCAGAACCAAAGAAUAAGCUUGAGCCCUCAUCUGGGCGGGGCACAUCAGGUGGACUGAGGGUUGAAAUCCCCCCUCGUAGCUCAAUGGACCAAGCCAUGGAUCGUAACCACCUGAUGCCGCCAGGGGGCGGAGACGACGGAGGGACCUUCACCACCAGGGUGAUGGAUGAUGACGAGUGUGCACCCCCGAUGCCCAGAGGGAGGGAGGGACGACGCCCCUCUAUCAUGCCGGUCCUGGAGAUGAUGUCGUCCGACCCAGAAGAUGACCAGCUGAGGGAUGACAGGCCUCUCCAGGCACAGAAGCAGGUGGCCAUAGAAACGGAGGAUGUGUCUGUGUGGGAUGAAGAAGAUCCGUGGACCAAAGGAACACCACCUCUGAUUCCAUUCAUUGGUUACCAGCCAGGAUGCUGUCAUCUUCUCUCUCAACCAAAGAAGCUCUGCUGUCUAGAAAUUGAUCAGCCAUGCGACCAUUCGAGCUGGAGGCAUGCUGCGGAGUAUAACUGGCCCAACAACUGCAUCAUCCUAGCGGUAGAGUAUGCUGCGUUGGGUAUGGUUGACUUCAUCGUACCCCUGAGGGCGCACUGGAGACCCAAACACACUCUCAAGCCUAUCGUCAUUCUAGUUGAGAAAAGACCUGAUACAUGUUUCCUUGAGUCCAUAGCAGCAUUCCCUAUGGUGUACUAUAUGAUUGGCACAAUUGAAAGCCUUGAUGACCUCCUUCGUGCUGGUAUCCUUCAGUCAGACACCGUGGUGGUCGUCGACAAGGAAUCAUCUAAACUAGCUGAGGAAGACUACAUGGCAGAUGCAAACCAGAUUGUAGCUGCUCAAUACCUCUUCAAACUAUUUCCUCACAUCAGCAUCAUCACAGAAUUAACUCAUCCGUCCAAUAUGAGGUUCAUGCAAUUCAGAGCUAAAGACUCCUACGCACUCAGAAUGGCUGAAAAACAGAAGAAAGAGAAGGAGAAGGGGUCCAACAUCUCCUACAUGUUCCGCUUGCCUUUCUCUGCGGGUAAUGUGUUCAGUGCCAGCAUGCUCGAUACCCUUCUCUACCAGUCGUUCGUCAAGGAAUACAUGAUCAGUUUCACCAGACAGCUCCUAGGGUUAGAUCAGGCUCCUGGAUCAGGCUAUCUGUGUGAGUUGAGGAUAACGCAUGAAGAUAUGUGGAUCCGAACCUAUGGCAGACUGUAUCAGAAGCUGUGUUCAACGACCCAUGAGAUACCCAUUGGAGUCUACAAAACACACAACCAAUCCGAUAACAAAUCAGAGUUAUCAGUCACCAUAGAAGAUGAUGAUAGUUUAUCGUCUGGCCAAUCAGAAGAGAGGAAAGAGAUUGCUCAUCUCGUCAGACAGAAGAUGAAGAAGAUGGAUAUCCCACCGGAGGAAUAUGAUAGUGAAGUGAGCGACAAGAGAAACAAGGUGUCUUACGUUCUCAUCAAUCCAAGCUUCGAAACCAAACUGGAAGUGGAUGACAUUAUUUUCAUCAUCCGCCCAGCCGGUGGUCCCAAGACGCCCUCCCCCAUGCCUCCAAGGAGGAAGUUCAGCAGCAGGAGGGUCAAACCAAAGAAUACUCAACCCAAGACCCAGUUCCAAGAACCCACAGGGUCCAACGUGGACACCAAACUAUAGGGCGCCCUCUCUUGGGCACUCUUAGAGAUGUUCCUGAUGAAGAUGACCGUUGUACCUUUAUGGUAGACCAGCCGCUGAUCAAUCCAAACUAGAUCUAGCUGUGAAACCUCCUUUGGUUGGUGAGGUUGGAUGUUGACCACCUUGGUCGGUUGGAAGCCAAAAAUACAAUUGAUUUUUGCUUAUUGAAUUGUCAGAGGUAAUCCUCUUGUUGCAGCUAGGCAUUUGGCUUUGAAUAUGGUUGUUCCACCCAGUAUCAACAGGGUAAAUGCUUGACAUUGUUAGUCAAACAGUUUUUGAGCGUCAAGUAACGCCUGGCUGGAAUGCUCCCCUGGGAGUGGAGAAUGUGCACACAGUGUGUGUGGGCAAGCACUGAAUCCAAUGA